GGACACUCAGCACCCCAUUAUGACCCCGCUUCGUUAGUCCGGUCCCUUCCCUUCCUCGCUUGACCUUAGAAUGCUGCUGGCUGCCGCGUACCAUCCUGUACUAAGAAAAUUACACCAUCCUACGCUUUCAGCCUCUCCAACUUCCACACUGCGCCGUGUUACCGGCACGAGGUCUCAAGGACGGACGGAACUGCUGGCGAAUCAUCGGCAACAGAGCAACUGAAGGUCCUCGGCGCACCGUCUCUCACAAAACUCAAAGCUCCGACCGACCGGGACACCAUUUCACCCGCCCAGCGCCUCGGCGAUCCUUCUUUCCUCCACUCAACUCUUCCUUUCAGAAGUCAUCCCGCAACCCGCUCCGUCUUAGCGCCCCUCCGUCCCAGCGCUCCGGAAUACACGUCGCUCAUGCUAGGCGAUACGUCCGCCGCCAACGCAGGCUUGGCCACCCGACGCCGCACCGUUUGAAUGCAUUGGUCUCUGGAUCUCUGCCUGCCUACGAUACCAUCGACGAAACAAACCGACCACAUGCCCGAUCCGCAUAUACCAUGUCGUGAUUGUGCCCUCGACCUUACACAUACCCGUUUGCUUAGUUGACCAGAGCUAAGAGUCGAGACCAAGGCACGGGUGAAAGCCGUCCAAGCAUGGCCGCCUCGUCCUCUUCCGGCUCUUCCUUCACUUCUUCUUCUCUUGGCCGUCCGCCCUCAUACGGCCAGUCAUACACGAGCCCUCUCGACUCGACCUGGACACCGACUUCGGGUGCCUCAACAAUAUCAGCUCUUACAUCCGAGGCCUCGGCGCCCCAUGCCUCUCUCCAUCCUCUAGAUCUUGGCCCUCCUGGCUACCAAGCCACAAUAACCCUUUUCGAAAAUACUCCCAACGAACGCACCGUCUACCUAGGCCCUUGGGAAGUGGUCGGCUCCGAGCAGCGCCGCGUGCUCUGGCAAUGCAGCUACCAGAGCGAGCUUCUGGAACAUUUUCUUCCAUCCGACGUCCCAGCCGAUAUCUUUCCUCAUACCCUCCACGCCCGCCAUCGCCCUUAUACGGACCCAUGCGAGCUAGAGCUUUAUGUCAGUUUUCGUGAGCCACACCGGGUUCGGUACACGACUGGCGAAGGCGUGGUAGUUCACGAUCACCUGAUGGAGGUUAAGUAUGAGUUCACUACCGUCGAAAGUUCGAUUCGCUUCCAAGGAGACGUCCGUCGGAAGGACUUGGUUGACUACUACGACGUUGACGUUGUUUGGUCCGACGUACACGGCAGAACGGACGGCUUUGGAAACAUCAGGGGUAUGGGACUCGUGCAAAGGUUGAAGUUUUGGAGGGACCGUUAUUCGACUUACCACUCACUGACCGUAUUCGCCAAUCGCGCGAGCGGUCGCCAUUAUCGGGAGUACGAGAUUCACAAUUUCGACGGCGAGCUGCGCAACCGUGACGAUCGCCAUCGUCAAGUCCGCCUAACAGUGCGCGGAAGCCGACGAGGUAGUGCCCCGGACAGCAGCGGCUCGUCCCGUUCGCGCUUCACCUUUUCGCAUCGCAUGCGUCCGCGAGUACGGUCGGGUUCUCAAGGAGGGCAGUCCACCGAGGAAGCUGGCUUGUCAUCUGGCGCUCUUGAUUUUCGGUAUCUGGGUAUCCAGUUCAGUAAGCGUGAAGAUUAUCGCAGGUUCCUCGACAGUUGGGUCGUGGCGCACAGCUCCGACAGCGAGUUCAAUGGUAUCCCGUUUCCGCAGCACCACGUCGAGCUACCGUCACCGCAAAUCCUGCCAGGGGAGAUGUCAGAGCUCCCAUCUCCGGAGACCUCAAGAGGGUUGGAGCCAGUUGUUGAGCCGCCAGACUCAUACGAAUCCGACUCGGCCCCGUGAGUUAUGACGGGCAUCAAGAGUCAGUUUAUCUAAGGUCACAACCAUGAGGUUAGACAAAAAGGGAGACGGGAUCAUAAAAU